AUACAGACCAUUCGUUCAUACAGACACUGUUCAACAGGCUGUGUUUCUGUGCUUUAGUCAGCUAGCUAGCUGAGUCAAAGACGUUUGUGAUGUCUGAUGAUGGAGCUGACCUUCUAUCUGUGGAUUAUGAAGUAUUUGGUAGAGUACAAGGCGUAUUCUUUCGCAAAUAUACACAGGCAGAGGGGAAAAAACUAGGUCUGGUCGGAUGGGUACAGAACACAGAAGCUGGAACUGUGCAAGGACAGCUUCAAGGACCAAGCAGCAAAGUUAAAGAAAUUAAGGAAUGGCUCAAAUCCACCGGAAGUCCCAAGUCACAAAUUAUAAAAGUAGAGUUUAAGAAUGAAAAGAAAAUUGAGAGCUUGGAUCACACAACGUUUAAAAUAGUUCGCCCUUAAAUGCAGCUAACAGGUUGUGGAAAAAUAUGUGCUUUUGAAAAAUGAGAGAAUUCUUGAAAUGUGUAAGUUGUAGAUAUUAAAUAGAAUGCUGCUAGAAUACUAAGGAACUUUAAAAAAAAACUAUUUAUGAUGUAUUUAAAGUAUGUGUUAACGCACAUUAAAACAACUAAAACGAUAACUCAAAUUUGUGGUCAUUUUUAAUUAUUAUGGAUUCACCACAUAAUCACUCUUUCAGCUGAAGAGGGCAGUUUGGGCAAAGAGAACAUUCGUUUAAUAAAUUAG